AUGGCGUCUCGUGAUGUGUCUGUCACCCCUGGUAGAUGGAACCGUCUAUUCGGAAACAGAGCUUCGAAUAAUGAAGACUCUACAAACGAUUCUAUUGGCCCAGCCAAAUGGACCAUGGGCAUUCUGAAUGACAGGGAAACCGUUGAAGUACCCGGAUCCGUUUUGCUCCUCGCAGACGACCGUAACGAGCCUCUCGGUCUGCGCAACAUCCAUGCUCGCACAUCCCACUCUUCAAUCCCCGCUGGCUUUGCCGUGGAAACCCAAAUAUCGAGACCAGCCGUGGCAAGUAAGAAGAGAACCGAUGACGGAACAAUCAUUCUAGACCCGCAACCUGAUGAUUCAGCCAACGACCCUCUGAACUGGCCCAGCUGGCGUCGUGACGCAGCCCUCUUAUCACUAGGCUUCUACUGUAUGAUCGGCGGUGGAAUCACUCCCCUUAUCGCCGCUGGCUUCACAGACGUUGCAGAAGAGUUCAACGUGUCAGUUGAGAAAGUAGCAUUGACGACGGGUCUUUGCAUGACUGGUCUCGGCAUUGGAGCCGUUAUUGCAUCUCCUACUGCUAUCCUCUACGGUAAAAGACCGAUCUACCUUGCUGGCGCCAUCAUCUUUAUCGGUACUGCCCUUUGGUCUGGCCUUUCGCCCAGCUUUGAGUCAUUGUUGGCCGCGCGUGUUUUCCAGGGUAUUUCAAUAAGUCCGGUGGAGUGUCUACCUUCUGCGACUAUUGCAGAGAUUUUCUUUCUUCAUGAGAGGGCUUAUCGAAUUGGUAUCUAUACACUUCUACUCCUUGGUGGAAAGAACUUGAUCCCGCUUGCAGGAGCUGCCAUUAUUGGAAAGCUUGGAUGGAGGUGGGCGUUUUUCAUCAUGGCCAUGGUUGUUGCGUUCGCUUUCUGCCUCUUGUUUCUGUUUGUCCCAGAGACCUUUUGGGAUAGAACUCCGUCGCGAAAGCCAUCUCACAAGCCCAGCCUUCUUCGACGCAUGUCCUCUCGCCGAGGCGAGCAGCUAUUGGCAGCCAUGGCAGAGGGCAACAAGUCUGAUGAAAAGGCUCUGAUCCGUUCCGCGAACGAGAACCACAAGCAUGUUGGCUUUUCUGCAGACCCAGAGGAUCAAAACAAAAUCUCUUCAGAGGGAGCAACGCCAUUACCAAUAGAGAAUGAAAAGAACGGCGAGUCUUCUGGCUCAGCUAAACAAUCAGACCCCGAAAUGGCCUCUCCUACCUAUCCCGUCCCCAACAACUACACACAAGACCUCCGCCAAAGGCCCGCCCGCUCAUUCAUCCAGCACAUGAAGGUCUUCAACGGCCGUCUCAACAACGAUAACUGGUUCAAAGUUAUGAUACGACCAUUCAUUCUCCUAGUCUAUCCUGCUGUCCUCUGGUCAGCGAUCAUGUACUCAUGCUCCAUCGGCUGGCUGAUCGUCCUAGCCGAGACAAUGGCGAUGAUCUAUCGAGACCCUCAUAGGUAUAACUUCACGGCCAUCCAAACAGGUCUUGUGUACCUCGCUCCCUUCAUCGGAGCUGUUCUCGGUACAGGCGUCGCCGGUAAGAUCAGCGAUAUCUUGGUCCGCUCCAUGGCUCGUCGAAACGGAGGUCUAUACGAGCCCGAAUUUAGACUCAUUAUGGCCCUCCCUAUCUUAAUUACAACAUGUAUGGGAUUGAUAGGUUUUGGAUGGUCUGCCGAAGUCCACGACGAAUGGAUCGUACCAACAAUUUUCUUCGGCAUUAUUUCAUUCGGCUGUUCUUUAGGUUCCACAACAUCCAUCACCUUCUGCGUGGAUAGCUACCGCCAAUACGCCGGUGAAGCCCUUGUCACACUCAAUUUUACAAAGAAUAUUGCACAUGGGCUUGUAUUUAGUCUUUUCGUGUCUCAUUGGCUUGAGAAAGACGGACCAAAAAAGGUUUUCAUUUGGAUUGGAGUUAUUCAGCUUGUUGUUUGCUUAUUUUCGAUACCAAUGUACAUCUUCGGUAAGCGAGCGCGUAUGUGGACUGCAAGGAAGAAUCUUAUGGAGAAAUGGUAG